UUCUUUCUGGUAUAUAAAUGGAGAUAUGCAACCACUACAUCAACAGUACCACUUCGGAUUGAAGGUAAUUCAAAGGAUAGUAAUUCAAAGGAUAGACACAGGCCAAAAAUGAAAACGAUGCAGGUUUUCCUGGUCAUUGCAUUGGUGUUGUGUACAGGUUGCCAAGCCAACCUAUUCUAUGCUGAUGAGCCCAAGACACAGCUGGAAAAGCUGACUGAUGCAUUCAAGAGUUAUGCUGACCAGGCCACACGCACCGCUGAGGAAACUGUCAAGAAGAUUAGGACUUCCCAACUGGGAGAGGAUAUCAACCAGUACACCACCAACCUGAAGAAAAAGAUGGAUCCUUUGGCUGAAGAUCUGAUGACCAAAAUCACUAAUGGUGCUGACAUGCUGAGGGAGCGCAUAGAAGAGGAAGUGAGCACUGUGAGGUGUGCACUAAAGCCCUACAUUGAAUAUGUCACCAGUCCAUUUCAACGGGGAGCGGAUUACAUAAGAGAGCUGAGUUUUGAGGACCUGAAGGCCACACUGCUCCAGAAGAGUGAGGAGCUAAGAGAGAGCCUGGAGCAGAGCAUGAAGGAGCUGCAGGCUUAGCAAGACCCCUCUACCUGAGAGAAAAGAUGGAUCUUUACACUCAGGACCUUAAGACCCAGCUCAAAGAGCACCUGAGAAAUUUGGAUGAUUUGAUUUGUUUUAUUGUUGGCAUUUUUUUCUAUGAAUUAACAUUUUGAUUCCAAAAAUCAAAUAUAUAAGUGUUCAUGCUUAUUUUAUCCAGCACUAAACACUCAAACAGGCCAAAAUUUUCUCCAAAAAUCAGUAAUGAUGGUCUGUUACCGAAAGCUAGAAGACAAUUACAUAUGCAGAAAACAUAUGAACAUUUUAAUGUAUGUCUAUUUCUGAAUCAUGUACAUUCACAGUUGCAUUGAUUAUUCUUUUCUUCUCCACUUGUAAAAUGUACAAAAUGUAUCUGUUUUAGAAAGUAAUGACAGAGAGAUUUCUUGAAAGAGCUUUUCAUUUUUGUUAUGUGACCACGAGACACCAAUAAUGUUUUAAUGCUAAACUAUAGGCCUAGAUAUAUUCAAAAUGGGAAGCACAAUAAAUUCUCUAGAAAAA